AUGGGAACAGAUAAAUCGUUAAUUUUGAGCGGGUUUAAGGAGGACUGUGAAGAAUUACUUAGCCGUUUCGAACAAGCGAACGAUAUUAGAUUUCAGACAUUUUGCGAGAUUUGGAAAGAAAUGAAAUUUUCUCUGGUGUUUACUGGACGCCCUGCAUACAUAGAAUUAUUAGAAUUUUGCGAGGAAGCUCUAAAUAUCUGCAAAAAGUUUCUUUUUUUGCCUUCAAGAUUCAAAGAACGUAUUGGAGGAUUGUACCUUUUAUAUGGAAUAUAUUAUAAGAUGCCUACCAACCAAUUCAAAAUUAGAAUAAAAUUAGAUGAUUGCAAAAGCAUCAAAGAUCUCCAUGCAGAAAUAAAAGAAGCAGAGCAUUUGGAUGCUAAUUAUAUUUUAUGUAAAUUGAUAGCAGAUAAUGCAUUUCACUUUUGUAUUUUCGAUAAAGAGUAUGGGUUAGAAAAACAUUAUCGUACAAAGGAAUCACAGGUGUCCUUUAAUCCAUAUUCUGUAUUGCCAGCUUUAAAAGACUUGACAGAUAAGCAUCAGAUGCUAUCAGAGAUUGAUGCAUUAUGUAAAUCUUAUGAAGAAAAGAAACAGAAACUGGUAGCCACGAAUAAAUCGAGCAAUAGUUUGAAUCUGUUUGAUGCAAAUAUUGCUGCAGAAAUUAUUAAUGAUAUUCGAGAGUUUGAGGAACAAAGAAGAAAUCAACAGACACAGAAUAGUUCUGCUGCUUCUACCUCAAGAGGGGAAUAUAAGAAGAAAUCUAUUGGCAAGGCAAAAAUGCGACCACUACUUAAUGAUGCUUCCCAAACAGACUCAAAUGAAUCCGACGAAGAUGGGAUACUAGAGAUUGAUUUUGAUUCAGAUAAACUAGAUUCAGAGUAAAAUAAUAAGCAAACAAUUCUAUUCUGUAAGUGUAUUGCUUUGUUGUAAUAUAGAAUACUAAGCAGAUUAUCGUUUAUAUUUAAA